AUGCGCGUCGCCGUCCUGUCUCUCGCUCUCUUUACGACUCCGGCUCUCGGCCAGGAUGCGCAACACGCGUGGCAGGCACCCGGCGCCGACGACCGCCGCGCCCCCUGCCCCCUCCUCAACUCCCUCGCGAACCACGGCUACCUCCCGCGCACCGGCCGCGACAUCUCCGUCGACGCGCUGAUCGAGGGCAUGCACGCGGGCCUGAACCUGCGCGAGGACGCCAAGCUCUUCUUCCGGCUGCAGGGCAACAAGGCGCUCGAGGCCUCGUCGACGGGGGACAAGGCCACGUUCCACCUCGACGACCUGAACAAGCACGACCUGAUCGAGCACGACGCCUCGCUGAGCCGCGCGGAUUUGUUCUCCGGGGACAACUGGUCCUUCAACCAGACCAUCUUCGACGAGACCAAGUCGCACUGGCCGAGCGCGACGAUCUCGAUCGCCGACGCGGCGAGGGCGCUCGUGGCGCGGCAGGAGAGCGCGAAGAAGGUCAACCCGGAGUAUCACCUCCCGCUCGACGGGUACACGAACUCGCUGGGCCAGACGGCCAUGUACCUGGGCCUGUUUGGGGAUUACGACGACGGGAAUGCGAACAGGACGUGGGUGGAGUACUUCUUUGAAAAUGAAAGACUCCCCUUCGAGCUCGGCUGGACGAGGAGGUCCGACGACGACAAGAUCCCGGCCACUGGCAUCCUGGGCCUGACCACCAAGGUAGCCGUGCAUUAUCUCGCGGCCAAGAUUGGCUUGUAA